UUUUUGUGGAUUCAUAACUCAAUUUUAUAGCCACUGUUUUUUGAGGAGGAUAUUAAAGACUUUAGAAUUUAACAAAUGAGACACUGAAGACAGAAAUUGUGCCGUGGCCGAGAGUGACACCUGCAUGACACACAGUAAUUCUCCCUGCUAAAGUUGUAGUUGUAUUUUGUUGUUCCUUUGCAAUUUGCUGUUUGUGGAAAAAUCGAAAAGGAUCACACUUGUACCUGCACUUGCGACAAGGUGCUGAAUUAUUACGGUGUUAAAUUUGCGUUAAAAAGUGUGUAUUAUCUCACGUAGACUCCAGCUGUCGACGUGCAGUGUGUGGAAAAUAUACCUGCAAAAUACUACUAUAAAUCCCUUGGUAAUAGGUGUUGAGGUAGCACACUCCCUGAGGAGGCGCUACAUAUAUUGUAACUUUCUACUAUUGCAAUAAACCAAAUGGCCGAACGUCCAAAUAAUCUAUUUUCGGCUGGCAGCAGCCGUCCUCGCAAUCCGCCAAGUGAAUUGAAUUUGGGUAGCUUCAAUGGACGCCAACCACCUUCAUUUUCAUCAACUUCAUCUGGUUCAGCUUCGUCAAAUUUAUCUACGUCGUCUGCCUCCAGUUCCUCUUCACACAAUUUAGUGCAACGUUUCUGCCCGCCGCCACCGCCAGCACCAGUAGCAGUAGCAGUGCCAGCCCCAACAACAACCAAUAAUCAGGAACGUACCCGUGAGCGUAUAAAACAACAAGCAUGCGGAAAGUUGCUCAUAGAUGAAGAAUGCUAUCAUUUUACAUCAGAUGAUUUAACCGAUAUAGGUGAAAUUGGUCGGGGUGCUUUUGGCACUGUCAACAAGAUGAUAUUCAAAGUAGGCAAGGUAAUGGCAGUGAAACGUAUACGCUCCACAGUCGAUGAAAAGGAACAGAAGCAAUUACUUAUGGAUUUGGAAGUGGUGAUGAACUCGAACGCCUGCCCCUAUAUAGUGCAGUUCUAUGGAGCGCUAUUCAAAGAAGGCGACUGCUGGAUUUGCAUGGAAUUAAUGGAUACCUCGCUGGACAAAUUUUAUAAAUACAUUUAUGAGCGUAAACAGCAACGUAUACCCGAGUCGAUACUUGCAAAAAUUACAGUAGCUACGGUGCAAGCAUUAAAUUAUCUUAAAGAGGAAUUAUCGAUUAUACAUCGGGAUGUAAAACCUAGUAAUAUUUUGUUGCAUCGUCGUGGCGAUAUUAAGUUGUGUGAUUUCGGCAUUUGUGGCAAGUUGGUAGACUCAAUUGCGGAGACUAAAGAUGCAGGUUGCCGGCCGUACAUGGCGCCGGAACGCAUAGACCCAGAGCGCGCUAAGGGUUAUGAUGUGCGUAGUGAUGUAUGGUCGCUUGGCAUAACGUUGAUGGAAGUUGCUACCGGAGUGUUUCCAUAUCCUAAAUGGGAUUCGGUCUUCGAGCAGUUGUAUCAAGUGGUGAAGGGUGAUCCUCCCCGUUUACAAACGUCGUAUAAGGGAAUGGAGUUUUCACAGGAAUUUGUAGAUUUUGUGAAUACCUGUUUAAACAAAAAUGAGAGCGAAAGACCCAAAUACGGUCCGUUGCUGGAAAUGCCUUUCAUAUUACGCGGCCAACGUAGCCACACUGAUGUAGCUGCUUACGUGACUGAUAUUUUGGAGAAUAUGGUAAAGGAUGGCAUAACUGAGUUUACAACAAAUCAGCCGGCGGAAAGUUAAGCUUGCUUGAACAUAUAAAAAUGCCAUUUAGCGAUUGUGUAUUAGUGGGAAGUCGUAUUAGAACUAAAAUGUUGGUAGGCAAGUAGCGUAGUAGCAGAAUCGUAAGCAAAAUGUGUGAGUGAUUGUUGUUACAGCAGCUCAGAUCAGCAGCGCUGCUGAGUUGUUGCUAAAGGAAAUAUGUAUAAAUAAAUAUCAAAAAAAUAUAUAAAAUAAAAUAUCAAAAGGCUAAAAAACUAAAAUAAAAAAAUUAUAAAAACGUAUUAGUUGAAAGUAAAAUAUAAGACGAUACAAUAACGCUUUGCAUAAAUGUUAGUCAUAAAUCUGUUGUUGCUUAGAGAAACGUAAGUAAGCGUUUAUUUUUUAGUUAAAGUGAAAAGUUUAUUUUUGUAUAAAAUUAAGUUGAAAUUAGCAUUUUUCCAUUAUUGUUAUUUCAUGCGUCUGCUGUGUAUAGUCACUAUAUUUUAAAUGUAGUCCAUUAUUGCUUUGACUUAGCUACAGUCAAUCUAAUUUGCGCCUUCGAUUUGAAAAAAAAACACACACAACCACAUAUAAUACAAAAAAGAGAACAACACCAGAGUAAAUUAAAGAAAAAUAGCAUAAAAAUUUGCAAGAAAAAUUGCAAACAUGAUAAAGUUGCAUUUUAAGUACCCGUAUAUGUAAUUGUAAAUGUUUAAACAAAUACAUACAUACAGUAUAAAGCGAAAAAAAGAGAAGCAUUUUAGAAUAACCGCACAUGCACAUAAGCAUGAGUAUUUAAAAUAAGUUGGUUAGCAAUUUGGCUAUAAUACAUUUAACAAUAUGCAUACGUACACAAAAGUGAAAGAAUAAAUACAUGUAUACAUAUGUAUGUAACAAUAUUAUUUAAGCAUAUUACUGAUAUUGUUUAAAGUAUUGAGAAAACUGAUAAUUAUGCAAUUACGCAACAGCAAAUUAAACAAAUAACCUAUAUAAUAGAUGGUGAAUAUUACAUAAUUUAAAUUAAGCCAAUGUGAAAUGUCCAAUCAUAAGCAAUAACCGCGCGUUAUUUUUUUAAUGCAUAUACAUAUAUAUAUUUAAGAAACUGUAUUUUAUAAGCGUCCCACGAGCAUGCAAGCGAGAGUAGCAAUAAAAUAGUAAGCCAACCAGCCAUAUGAUUGUAUACAUAUUGUACAUAUGUACACACAUACAAGCAAGCUAAAUUAAAUGUCAGCUCAGCACAUCCCACUUUUUCACAAAUUCUAGCAGUAAAUGUUAGCUAAAUUCCAAUAAAUUGAUAAAUAAUAUACACAUGCAAACGUAAAUAAAAAGUUUAACCAUUUUAGAAAAUACAGAGACAACAUGUAAUUUCCGUAGCAUAUCCAAAAGAUAGAACACGUGCAAAAUAAAAAGAAUAAUAAAAUAAAACAUUAAAAAAAAAAAAAUUCGUAGAAAAUUAGGUGUGCAAUUUUUUUGUUUGGGUGUUAGAGGCAAUUAGUUUUUUAUCGAAACGUCUAAAGUGGGUAUAAUAUAUUUGAGAUUUAGUAGCAGAAAAAAUACAAAGCAUGAGUGUAUUAAUAAAGUUAUUCAGUAGCGCCAUUAAUAUUUAUGCAUUUAAAUAUCAAGUUAUAUUUAUCACUAAAUAUGAGAAUAUUUAAGAAACCAUCAGCAUUUUGGGUAAUUGUAGUACAUAGAAAAUUGAAGAAUGUUUUGCUAUUUUUAGCUUUGUUUCUUUUUAUUUUCAUGUCGAAUGCCGAAUUUCCACUAUGCAUUGAAAUAACGAAAAAUCUGUGCCAUUUAAAAAUGCUAUCUGAAGACGAAUUUAGUGACAACUUUUGUGAACGUAACGGCACAGGUAUUUUUAAAGCCAAACCUGGUUUUUAAAAUUUGUGUAAUUUAACACCUAGCGGAAAUUCGACAUGAAAGUAUUUUUUCUUUUACUUGUUUUAACCCUUUUAAAAUCUUGUUUUAUUUUCUAUAACUUUCCUAACAUCGUAUUACAUUUCUUUAAUUUCUUUAAAUUUUUUCUUUUUUUUUCUACUUUUCAUAUUCCGCGUGCAUCGCUUUUGGUCGUAUCUAAAACUCAUGUGUAGUUUGGCGUUUGAAUUAAGAGUUAGAUAGCAUGUAUGUAUGUAUAAAACAACAACAGCAACAACAAACAAACAGGACAACAAAAACGCAUAACACCACUGAUAUACGCAAUAUUUAUAAGUAAAAGUAUAGUAAUAAAUAAAAAAAGACAAAUCUGUGAAUUGUGUGGAAUCGUUAGAGUUAAAUAUUGACCGUUUAUUGUGCCUACAAUUAAUUGUCCUCAAACUGCAAAACAAAAAUAAAAAAAAUAAAACACAACCAUUUAUGAUAAGUCUGGGAAAGUAAGAGGAAAUAGAUUCUGAUUUGUUUGUUUUUUUUUUUUUGCAUUGCAGUGUAUUAUACCCAAACGAAUUAAGUGUUAAAAAAUAAAAUAAAAAUAAAACAAUAUUCAGGUGCUGCCCUAAUUUUUAAUUUAUAUUCUCAAAUCUGCACACAAAAAAAUUUUCCAAAAAUAUUCAAAGCGACUAUUAAGUGAGGUUUAAAAUAACUAAAAAAAUAAAAAUGCACCGUCACUUGCACCGUUACCGUCACACCAACUCACCGUCGUACAUGAAAAUGUACAAAUAAAUACUUACAUAUGUAUGUCAACACAUAGGCAUAAACAAACGAGCUAUUUUAGCCUAGAAAAAAAUGCCACGAUGCAAUCAGCGUCCACACACUUUUUGAAAUGCCUAGAAGAUGUAACAUAAAAAUAUAUAUGAAAAAAAAUAAAUUCAGAAACAUACUAACAAAUAAAUGAAGAGCUAGAUUUACUUUGCUAAACCGAAUAUUUGCAUAUUUUUACACGAUCAUAAAUUUUACUAAAAGCAAAAAUGAGCAGUGUCAAGCAGUCGUACGUACGUAUGUAAAUGCAUACAAAGCUUUAUUACAUAUAAAUUCAUACAUGAAAAGAAAAAUUUUUAAUUAAAUUUAUAUAAAAUAAAAAGAAAAUAAGCUUUUUAAGAAUAGCUAACGGUGUGUAUGAGCCUAAAACUAUGCUUCUUUUCUUUAUGAAAAAAAAAAAAAUAAAUAAAAAACAAUUCCCAGCUCUAAAAUGACGCUAAUACACAGUAAAAACUUACCGAUUUGAAAACCUAAAAACAAACAAAAAAAAAACAGAAAAAGAAAACUUAAUAACACGAUAACUCAGAUAUUGAUAACAUAAAAACAACACUGAUGUCCACGUAAAUAAGUAAUAAAAAUACAUACAUACAUACAAAUUUAAUACACACAGCUUUUAUAAUGCUAAAUUAAAGAUUGAAAAUACACAUACAUAUUUUAUUUUUCAUCGAAGAGGAAAAUCAAUUCUACCAUUAGUUGUACAUAUGUAUGUACAUAAAAAAUUCCAUUGAUCUCAAACCUUAUGUACAUUAGC